UGGCGCUUAAAUUUAUCAUUAAAUCAACAAAGAAUUUCAUGAAAGAAAAUGUAUUUUUAAAUGUUAUCAAUCUCAUAUGGCGGCAAUUGUUAAACAUUGAUAAAUGAUAUCAAAAGUACGAAAUUUAAAUUUAAUAAAGUUCCUUAAUUCAGAAAUCUGUUACGAUCGUUUUAUAUUUUUAUGCAAUUCUGUGAAUACUUGAGGUCGUUUAACGUAAUAGAUUAAAUUUGGAUUAAUCUAGAUAGUUUGUGGAAGAUAAAAUGAUACAAUAUAUAUCUGCAGUUUUAUGAAAUAAGUAAAACUUUAAAAGAUUUUCAAAAGCAUGUCUCGAAAUCAAAUAACUGUACAUCCAGUUGAUGGGCAUCAAGAAAAAGGAGCAAAGAACAUUUUGGCUCACUUACCGCAUUAUUAUUUGCCAGGCUUAAAUACAUAUUUACUGAGUAAUAUCAAAAACAGCAAUGAAGCUAUUCAGUAUUAUUCUGCGCCUAAUCGUUUCAAUUUACCAAUACCAUGUAUUACAUUUACAGAUAUUGAGCCAAAAAUAAAUGCAGUUUUAGAUAUGAUUAAUUUAAAAAUACAAUGGAAACAUGAAAAUGAAAAAUUAUUAGGAUUAUGCCAAAAAAAAUUAAGUUUUGAUACUUUAAAAACCAUAAAAACAGCUUUAAAUUCAAAAAAUUCAACUGUGUAUUCAAAAAUUCCAUAUGUCUUAACUCGUUUUACAUCAAAUUUGAUGAAAAAUCCUGAUCAAUAUUUUGAUUCUGAAUAUAAUUGGUAUUUUGGCAAUACUAUUGAAAAAUUUCAAAUUGAUGGAAAGUGGGUAUUAGCUUGUGCCAGAGGAGUAAACCUUGAUAUUUUAGAUAUUAUAUUGACUAGUAAUAAUAAAUUUGAAUUAAUUCAAAGUAAGAAAGAUAAACAUUUUAGAGAUUCAAUUUUUGAUAUAAAAUCUUCAAUUUCAAAUGAUUUAAUGAUUCGCCAAAAAACCAAAUUAUUUAUAUUUUGGAAUAAUUCUGAUUCAGAAUCUAUAUUAAAUAAUAAUUCAGUUUAUGAUAACUGUGAUAUUCCGUUUGCUGAUGCUGAUAUGAUUACUAAUAAUUUUUGUACUGCCGAUGUGAAACAUUUUAUUAAAUUAUGGAAAGACGGAAAUUGUAUUCAAAACAAAUAUUUUGACGUGUUAUAUGAUCAAUCAGAUUCUUUUAUACAUUUAAGUUAUUUACAAAAUGAAUCUAAUUUAAUUGGCGUUAUCAAUAGACAACAAUUCUACUUAAUAGAUACUCGGGUUGAUAUAUCUAAACCUUGUUCUAUUUAUGAUCCAACUACUUUUAUAGAACCAUGCGAAGAAUUAACAACAUUAAAAAGUAGUAAUUUAAAUAGUCAUAGUAUUUAUGUAACUUCCAACCAUUCGGUUUUAACAUUUGAUAAUAGAAUGGGAUUUGUAAGUAAAUCAUAUCACAUGCUUUCAAAUCCUCCAUCUCUAAUUAAUAUACAUCGUUAUGAAAACAACUUUGAUUCGUGUGAAAUGUUGUUUUUGGGAAACCAAACAAAUGAAAGUCUUGUUUCUUUACCGUACACUUCAUAUCCAGAUAACUUUUUGUUAUGUCAAAGUAUUGCAUCAUCAAUUCCAAAUUCAUUACAAUCAUUACGCAAUGUUCAACUUCAAGGGCAUUGCUUAAAUCCAAUAUUAUUUGAUCGAUUUUCACGGUGUUUGACUGGUACUACUGUUAUUGGUGAACAUAUUAAAGAUUUAAAAUUAUACAGUAUUAAUUCUGCUGGAGAUUUAUUUGUUCAAAAAAUAAAUGAUAGUACACCAAUAGACGUGACUGAAUUUAAUAAAAAUGUUACAAUAAAACCUCAAACGGUUCCAAAGCUUAACUAUUCAUGUAUAUUUGAUAUGAGUAAUCUUUGGCAAUUAGAACCAUCAGACAUACAUGAAGAAAUUAAUAUUAAAAAGAAUAAUUUUUGGAAUAUGUCAAAAGAAAAAAUGUUAUCUUAUGUAGACCAUUUAGCCCCAAUAAUAUUAUCCCCCUGGGAUAUAGAUGACUUAUCUGAAUGGGAAAAUGAAGAUGACAAUGCUGAUAUUAAUGAUGAUUCUGAUUGUGACUAUACUACUAAAGUGAACUUUUGGUUCAAUAAAAAUGAUACAUUGUUGGGGUCAGCAGAAACUUCAGAGGCAAUUAAUGAUAAUCCACCAAUUAAUAUUUUAUCUCAAGCUUCUACUUCAAAAACUGUUCCUUCAUCAGAAAAUGAUGACGAUUCCAGUUCAGGUUUUACAGUUUCAUUAAAAUCUGAAGACAGUUAGUUAAUAAUCAUCUUAAAUACAUAUGUACCCGUAUUUAAUUUUAAUUAGUGAUGUAACAUUUAAAUUAUAUAUUUGUACAUUAAAAAGAAUAGCUAAUUAAAUUUAUUUAAUGUAAAUUUUUAUCAA